AUGUCUAUAUCAGCAUCAAAAGCUAAAAGAGAACAAAAAAGAUUAGAAAAAGAAGCUAAAAAAGCUGCUUCAGGUAAAACUGUUAAAAAAACCAAAAAACAAGCUGAAAAAGAUGCUGCAGAUGAUGAAGUUGAAGAUGCCGAUCAACAAAUUGCUAAAUUAAAAUUACAAACUGAUGAACAUGGUUUAUCAGACAGAGUUACUACUGGAGUUUUAGAGUCACUUAAAACUUCAAGAGAUAUUAAAUUGUCUUCUGUUUCAUUAUUAUUUCAUGGUAAAGUUUUAAUUCAAGAUUCCACAUUAGAAUUAAAUUAUGGUAGAAGAUAUGGUUUAUUAGGUGAAAAUGGUUGCGGUAAAUCAACUUUAUUAAAAUCUAUUGCCGCUAGAGAAUUUCCUAUCCCAGAACAUAUUGAUGUUUAUUUAUUAAAUGAACCUGCUGAAGCAACUGAGUUUUCUGCUUUAGAAUAUGUUGUUAGAGAAGCUGAACAUGAAAUGAAAAGAUUAGAAGAUUUAGUUGAAGAUUUAAUCAUUAAAGAAGGUCCAGAAUGUCCUGCUUUAGAAGGUAUUUAUGAAAAAAUUGAUGAAAUGGAUCCAGCUACUUUUGAAUCUAGAGCUGCGAUUAUUUUAACUGGUUUAGGUUUUAAUUCAGUUACUAUUAAAAAGAAAACUAAAGAUAUGUCUGGUGGUUGGAGAAUGAGAGUUGCUUUAGCAAAAGCGUUAUUUGUUAAACCUACAUUAUUAUUAUUGGAUGAUCCAACUGCACAUUUAGAUUUAGCUGCUUGUGUUUGGUUAGAAGAAUAUCUUAAAAGAUUUGAUAGAAUUUUAAUUUUAGUCUCACAUUCUCAAGAUUUCUUAAAUGGUGUUUGUACCAAUAUGAUUGAUAUGAGAUUAAAAGUUUUAACUAUGUAUGGUGGUAAUUACGAUUCUUAUGUUAAAACUAGAUCAGAAUUGGAAACUAAUCAAAUGAAACAAUAUGCUAAACAACAAGAAGAAAUUGCCCAUAUUAAAAAAUUUAUUGCGUCAGCUGGUACUUAUGCAAAUUUAGUUAAACAAGCUAAAUCAAGACAAAAAAUAUUGGAUAAAAUGGAAGCUGAUGGUCUAAUUCCACCUGUUAUCCCUGAUAAAGUUUUUACAUUUAGAUUUCCAGAAGUUGAAAAAUUACCUCCACCAGUUUUGGCUUUUGAUGCUAUGUCAUUUUCUUAUAGUGGUAAAGAAGAAGAUAAUUUAUAUGAAAAUUUAGAUAUUGGUAUUGAUAUGGAUUCAAGAGUUGCUUUAGUUGGUCCAAAUGGGGUUGGUAAAUCAACCUUAUUAAAAUUAUUUCAAGGUAAAUUACAACCUCAAAAAGGUAGAGUUAUUAAACAUACUCAUAUCAAAUUGGGCGUUUAUUCACAACAUUCAGCUGAUCAAUUAGAUUUGACAAAAACUCCUUUGGAUUUUGUUAGAGAUAAAUUUUCAAAUAUUUCACAAGAUUAUCAAUAUUGGAGAGGUCAAUUGGGUCGUUAUGGUUUAACAGGUGAAGGUCAAACAUCACAAAUGGCUACAUUAUCAGAAGGUCAAAGAUCAAGAGUUGUUUUUGCAUUAUUAGCUUUAGAAGCUCCAAAUUUAAUUUUAUUAGAUGAACCUACAAAUGGUUUAGAUUUAUCAACAAUUGACUCUUUAGCUGAUGCUAUCAAUGCAUUUAAUGGUGGUGUUGUAGUUGUUUCACAUGAUUUUAGAUUAUUAGAUAAAGUUGCAAAAGACAUUUUUGUUAUUGAAAAUAAAACAGCUACAAGAUGGGAAGGUUCAAUCUUAGAUUAUAAAAAAUCUUUGGCUGAAAAAGUUGUACUUUAG